AUGGGUUUCUGCAAUACAUGGAUUGAUUGGAUAACUAGCUGCCUGACAACAGUCAAUUAUUCCUUCAACUGUAAUGGAGAAGUUAAAGGUUUUGUCUCACUAGGAAGGGGUAUUCGACAACGAGAUCCAUUGUCUCCAUACCUGUUCUUAAUAUGUUCUGAGGGAUUCUCCAAUUUGCCAAGAAAAGCUGAAGAAAGCAAGAGGAUCACAGGUGUGAAAAUCAGCAGGCAAGGCCCACUACUCACCCAUCUUUUCUUUGCAGAUGAUUCCCUCAUCUUUUGUAAAGCAAACAAGCAAGAGGCGGCUGAAAUAAUGAAAGUUCUAAAAGUCCAUGAAAUAGCUUCAGGGCAGCUGAUCAACCUUGACAAAUCUGUAGUUUUCUUUAGUAAAAAUAUGAAAUGUGAACAAAGAGGAGAGAUAUGCCAAGCUUUAGGAGGGAUGAUGGAAGCCAAGCAAGGGAAGUAUUUGGGACUUCCUAUGGUGAUAUCCAGAACAAAGGAUCAGAUAUUUGGUUUUGUAAGAGAAGACUUCAGAAUUGGAAAAACAAAUUUCUGCGCUUAG